CCCUGCACCUAAACGACCCUCAUGUUAACGUCUGGCAACGCACGCUCGUGCUCCCAUUUAACCCGUGCGUGGCGGAUCUACUCUUAAAAAAGCAACCUUGGCGCCAACAGCGUUCGUAUCGCGUUUCCCUUCGUCGCUUGGGAGAGAAGAUGAGCUCCCCUGCUCGAUCGUCCGCAUCGCAGCCGCAGGUGGUGGGGCCAGGACCAGCAGCAGUUCUGGGAGACGACAACUCCCUAAUCCAUUUCCCAACCGAUCUCAUCUCCGCACAAGAUCGCAAGGAAGAAGCCCUCGUUGUUCUGAAAUCCAAUGUGAUGGCUGUGCUUCAGAAGGAGGUGAAGUCUUUGGAUGAAGACAGCUGGAAGUUUGCCGGGCCCCGCUCCAAAAUCCAUCUUAUUUCAAGACCUGCCCAAGAGGACAUGAGAACUGACAAUCAGAGAUUGAAAGGAAGUCUAUGAACUCCGAUAUACCCUCAUCUUCCUCUGCCAUCCAGUUUCAAGACCUUUGGAGUAGGUAGCCAUCCAUUCAAGCAUAUUCAGGAACUGCAAAAAAGUGAGCUUUGUGGAUCUUUACCUCAUGGAAAAUGAUUACACAUUGCUUAAUCGGUACAAUAAUGCCGGAGAGAAACAUGUGAGCAAACUGUCCCUUUCUCAUAGGUAGCAUGUGAUUAUCUGUAUUUGCAUGUUAUGUUCAUGAUAUUGAUGUCUGAUGCUUAUUCAUUCCCUUGUAUUGUCUGAACUUUUAGUGAUUAGCCAGUUGAAUGACUGUGACAUGUGAGAACACAAUAUGGAUAGUUUUGCAACUUUCCAUGUAUCAUGUAACUCAUGAUUAUGCAAAAUGAUAGUAUUAUAAAUGAUUACUUGGCA